AUGGAGGCCUCGACCACAACACCGGUGCCCCAGGAAGUAGCGGGCGAGGCUGCGGCCGCCGCGAAGAGGAAGGAGCCCGUUUCGUAUGCCAAGCGCGAUUUUUUGAUUGCCAUCGAGAAGGAGAUUGCCAAGGAUUGGGAAGAGAAGAAACUCUGGGAGACCGAUGCCCCCAAGGAAGGAGAGGCGGAUGAACCCAAGUACAUGGUCUCGUUCCCGUAUCCUUACAUGAACGGCCGCCUCCACCUCGGUCACACCUUCACCGUGUCCAAGGCCGAGUACGCCGCCGGCUACCAGAGGCUCAAGGGCAAGAGGGUCCUCUUCCCCUUCGGCUUCCACUGCACUGGUAUGCCCAUCAAGGCCUGUGCCGACAAGAUCAAGCGAGAGAUCGAGCAAUUCGGCUGCCCGCCCAAGUUCCCCGAGCCCGUGGCUGUCGAGGAGGCCGAGCCCGCUCCCGAGAAGAAGAAGGCCGACCCCACCGUUUUCCACUCUGCCAAGUCCAAGGCCAAGGCCAAGGGCAGCGGUAGGGACAAGUACCAGUGGGAGAUCAUGGAGGAGAUGGGAGUGCCCGAGAGCGACAUCCCCAAGUUCGCCGAUGCCCAGCACUGGCUCUACUACUUCCCCCCGUUCGCCAUGGAGGAUCUCAAGGACAUGGGUGCCUGCGUCGACUGGCGGCGCUCGUUCAUCACCACCGACGUGAACCCCUACUACGACUCGUUCGUCCGCUGGCAGUUCGAGACCCUCAAGGCCCAGGGCAAGGUCCAGUUCGGCAAGCGAUACUCGAUCUACUCGCCGUUGGACGGCCAGCCUUGCGCGGACCACGAUCGCUCCAAGGGAGAGGGAGUGCUGCCGCAGGAGUACACCCUCAUCAAGCAGGAGGUGCUCGCCCCGCUUCCCGAGAAGAUGAAGGUGUUGGAGGGCAAGAAGGUCUACCUCGUGCCCGCUACCUUGAGGCCGGAGACCAUGUACGGUCAGACCAACUGCUACGUCCUCCCCACCGGUACCUACGGUGCCUACGAGAUCAACGACACUGACGUCUUCAUCUGCGGCGAGCAGGCCGCCAAGAACCUCAGCUUCCAGGGCCACUCCAAGGAGUUCGGUAAGCCUGUGCGUUUGGUGGAGCUCACCGGCCAGGACCUGAUCGGUCUCCGCCUCAAGGCUCCUCUCGCCAAGUACGAGGCCAUCUACGUCCUCCCCAUGCUCACCGUCUCGCUCGACAAGGGUACGGGCGUGGUGACCAGCGUGCCCAGCGAUGCCCCCGACGAUUACGCCGCCCUCAUGGACCUCAAGAACAAGCAGCCCUUCCGCGCCAAGUACAACGUCACCGACGAGAUGGUGCUCCCCUUCGAGGUGGUCCCCAUCAUCGACAUUCCCGAGUACGGCGACACCGCCGCCGUGACGCUCUACAACGAGCUCAAGAUCGCCAGCCAGAACGAUAAGGACAAGCUCACUAUCGCCAAGGACCGCGUCUACUUGAAGGGCUUCUACGAUGGCGUCAUGAAGGUCGGACCUCACGCCGGAAUGAAGGUGCAGGACGCUAAGCCCCUCAUCAAGAAGGAGUUGAUCGACGCCGGACUGGCCGUCGUGUACAGCGAGCCCGCUGAGACCGUCAUCUCGCGCUCGGGCGACAAGUGCGUGUGCGCCCUCACCGAUCAGUGGUACAUCGCCUACGGCGAGCCCGAGUGGCGCGCCCAGGUGGAGGCCGUCUUGAAGGACAUGGAGACCUUCGGUACCGAGACCCGGCAUCAGUUCGAGAAGACCCUCGACUGGUUGAAGGAGUGGGCGUGCUCGCGCAGCUACGGCUUGGGUACGAAGCUCCCGUGGGAUACCCAGUACCUCAUCGAGUCGCUCUCGGACUCGACGAUCUACAUGGCCUACUACGCCGUCGCCCACCUGCUCCAGGCUGGCAGCCUCGACGGCCACGUCACCGGUCCGGCCGGCGUCAAGCCCGAUCAGCUCACCAACCAGGUGUGGGACUACAUCUUUGCCCGCGCCGACCUCCCCGCCGAGACCACCAUCCCCGUCGACACGCUCAAGGCUCUCCGCCGAGAGUUCGAGUAUCCGUUGGAUCUCCGCGUGUCGGGCAAGGAUCUCGUGCCCAACCACUUGACGUUCUUCCUCUACAACCACGCGGCCUUCUUCCCCAAGGAGCGAUGCCCGCAGGGCGUGCGCGCCAACGGCCACAUCCUCCUCAACGGUGAGAAGAUGUCCAAGUCGACGGGCAACUUCCUCACCCUGCGCGAUGCGAUGGAGAAGUACUCGGUGGACGGCAUGCGGUUCGCCCUGGCCGAUUCGGGCGACACGACCGAGGACGCCAACUUCCUCGACGAGACGGUGGACACGGGCGUGCUCCGCCUCUACACGCAGAUCGACUGGAUCAAGGAGACCAUCGCCAACCUGGGCAGCCUCCGGGAGGGCGAGCCCACGACCUUCUUCGACCUGGUCUUCCAGAGCGAGAUCAACCGCGCCGUCACGCUGACCGAUGGCAACUACGAGCGCAUGAAGUUCCGCGAGGCGCUCCUCACGGGCUUCUGGAAUCUGCAGUCGGCGCGAGACAACUACCGCCUGGCCGAGAAGCAGAUGAACCGGCAGCUCGUGGAGCGGUUCAUCGAGGUGCAGACCAUCCUGCUCGCGCCCAUCUGCCCGCACUACUGCGACUACAUCUGGACCAAGCUGCUCCACCGCGCCGGCUCCGUGCGCCAGGCCUCGUGGCCCGCGUCGGGUCCCGUCGACGAGGCCCUCCUGGCCCAGAACGACUUCCUCCAGGAGGUGCUCCACACGUUCCGCAUCCGCAUCCAGAACACGCGGGAGCAGUUCGUGGACACGGCCAACGGCUACGUCUACGUGAGCGACGAGUUCCCCUCGUGGCACCAGAAGGCCAUCAAGGCCCUCCUCCCGCUCUUCAACGCCGCCACCGGCGAGUUCGAGCCCGACUUCAAGAAGAAGGUCUCCGACGCCCUCAAGGAGGACACCUCGCUCAAGGCCGACACCAAGAAGGUCAUGAACCUCGUGGCCGACAUGCCCAACCGCAUCAAGGCCGACGGCCCGGCCGCCUUCAACCUCGCCGCGCCCUUCGACCAGGUGGCCCUCCUCAAGAGCAACCAGGAGUUCUUGCGCGAGCAGCUCGGCCUUGCCGCCCUCUCUAUUUAUUCGGCCUCGGACGCCGACGCCCCCGACCACGACAACAAGAAGGCCACCGCCGUCCCGCUCAAGCCCGUCUUCACCUUCUCCGGCGAGAAGAAGAAGGUCGAGAAGAAGCCCGCCGCCAAGAAGCCCGCCGCCCCCAAGAAGGUCCAGAACCCGCCCAAGAACCAGCCCAAGAAGGCCGCCCCUGCGCCCGCCAACACCAACUAA